AUGAGAAGGAUGGACUUGGAAGAGAAGCGUCGAAAUGAGGCUGAAGAGAAGGCAGCGGAGACCGCACGUUUGGUUGCGGAGGCUGCAGCUAGAGCCAAGACGGAAGACCCUUUUGCAGCUGCACCGAGCACACCUUCUGUGCCUGUUGCAGGAGCUACCUCGUCUUCGAGUUCUGUUCGGAGCCCACUGGUGCAGAAUAGGGCAGAGAAGUACCUUCCAUCUCUGCCGAUGCUAGAGCACCAAGGCAUGAACAAGGGCAGGAUGAGAGAAGUCGAGACAUGGCAUGCCUACUUGGAGACAUUGUCAUCGUGGCUCGCUCUUCAAGAUGAGUCUUUCGUCCGAGAGUUGCAACUCUGCGUCAAGCAAAAGAACGAGAUCCUUCAGAAGGAUUUGGCGGAUGAUGUUGCUGCUCGAAGCGCGAAGCUUUACUACUACCUCACCCAAUCCCUCUCACGUUGGGAAAGAGGUCAGGAGUUGCUACGCUCGUGCUCGAAAAGGCAGUCUCUCAGUGCCUGCGGAUACGAGGCUGUGAGGACCAUCACGCAGCAAUACAGCAUCGUGUCUCGCAUGGAAGCUGUCUACGUGCGGGAGCAGUGCCUCAAGUUGGCGACUACGUGCCAGCAUCACCGACGGCCGACAGACCUCAUCCGUCACUUGGAGGACGAGUUUUCUCGUGCCGAAUCCAAGCUUGGGAACUUUCCAGAGUUGCGUCUCACGGAGGCUGACCGCUGCAGUGUUUUGCUGCAAGCUCUGAGCCAGGAGCUCAGACAGUACGUUGUUCUUCAUGGGAAGAGCAACGACUGGACAUCGCUGAGCGAUAGCCUUCGGUACUAUGAGGAGCAGCUUCGUCUGUGUGAGGGUCCUUUUUCCUCAAAUCGGCAGAUGUCAGGAAAGGGUGACAAGCUUUGUGACCACUGUGGGCGAAAGGGACACCUGGCUAAGGACUGCUGGAGCCGUCAGCGUGAAGCCGGUGAAAAGGGCAAGAAGGGCGACAAGGGCAAGAAGGGCGAUGGCAAGGGAGCGCAGAAUCCCAAAGGAAAGCCCCGCUCUCCAACGCCGAAAGGCGGAAAAGGCGGCAAAGACAAGGAGCAGAAGCCCGACAAGCCUGAUAAAGGCAAGGGCAAAGGCAAGAAGAAGAAGAAGGCUAGAGCCCGGGCUAUGGGAGAACCAGAGUCCGAGGCAGAGUCCGAGUCUUCGAGGACCUCCACCGUGAUGGCGAUGAGGUUUGCCAAGCCUUCUGCUGUACGAGAAGUACUGAGCCAGCCUGUAGGCACCCUGACUGGAAGCACCUCGAAGGGAGAUGCGGCAUACGUCUGCGCUUCGCUGCAGGGAUCGGACAUGGAGAUCGACUCUCUUCCUGUUGACAAGGAACCCAGGAAAGACAUUACUGCAGGACCAAGCAUCCUGAAGAAGACUUCGAAAGAAGCGAAGAGUGAUGAGAAGCCUGGAAAGGACGAGAAGUCUAUCCGGAAGGUACUGAGCAUGUCGGAACCGCCAAUGGAGGUGGAGCAAGAUUCCCACAACUCUCCAGCGGAGAGUGCCGGGCAGGAGGUUGUGUUUUUGAAUGCACCAGUAGAGCCUGCACCAGCAGAGGCGGCGCCAGUCGAGACUGCGGAUGCAGAGGCUUCAGCUGCCCCCUUCAAUGUUUUCUCGAGGCCUCCGAGUCAAGUUGCAGUACCUUCGCCUACGGUGGCUGCAUCAGAGACAGGAGAGACAGAAGAGGAGGAAGCAUGGGGCAGAUGGAGGGCAAGCAAGGCCAGGCCUUCGCAGGCAGCUCCUGGGGAAAUUCCAGGUGCUCUGUCGAAAGCCCAAGGGGCACCAGCGGGGGCUACACCGAAGGCCUGGUCUGUGGUUCCAACCUCCUCGCCUUUGACGGUUCCAGAAGCGCCAGUGGCUGUAGAGUCUUUGCCUGCAGUUCCAGAGCCCGCAACCGUGACAGUGGAGGAAGGGCCUACCUCCGAGACCGCUACAUCAUCCGCAGCGGGUGCCCUUCCGCCUCCGGGCGGCUUGGGUCAAACAGCCGAAGAGAGGGAGUUUGUGCUUCCUUCCCCUUGCCAGAAGAAGUGA